UCUCGACCAACACAUAGCAUUGUGUGAAGUGUUUUGAUAGGGCAUUUAAAAUCUCGGCUACCUUGUGAUGGUCUAGCUUCGAGUUCACUCAAAGAUGGGAUAAAAGUCUCUAGGAGAGAGAUUAUUAGUAGAUCUGCGAGUAAUUGUUAAAAAAUUAUAAUUGGAAAUCGGAUUAGUCCAGCUGGUUCAGUGAAAUCUAGGCGGUUACUUGGGAUAUUGAAUAAGUUUUACGUGUGUUACGAUUAUCAGGAAUUAUAUAGCAAAAUUAUGAUGACAGUUUUAUAGAAGUCAACCUGGACAUGUCAAAUUAUACAAGGCAUUGGUGAAAACCGAAACUUGCUUGGAUACAACUAUAGACGAUUAAAGAUGGCGCUGUUGAUGCUCAAGACUCACGACCUGACAUGGCAGGACCACACGAUCAAUGUCGAGAUGAUGCUUGCACCUCUCCAUGCGCAACUGCUUGCAAGUAAACACAAAGCUUUGUCAACAAGGUGCAGCACAGUUAAACAGAUUUACGAUAAAGAAAGGGACACCAUGGUUAAAAACAUAAACAUAGAGAAAAGAAUGAUGGAAAGAAAGAAAAACGCAAUUCUUCAGAGAAAAUCGGAGAUAGCUUUCAAACGUUUGUCGUCUGCUAAGAGCGAUCCCACAGAUACUCGGUGCCAUACAAUUCCCGACAUUAAUACUAAACGCGGGAAAUCAGCGCCACCUAUAUUAGGUGACGUGAUGCAAAAGCAAUCGGAAUUCUUUUUGACUGAAGUUCAAAACAUGGACAUGAAGGGCAAUAAUCUUAACAGUGAACAAAUAGGUGGAAGGAAGGGUUCCGUAUCCGAACCAUUCCAUACUGUGUCUUCCUCAAGAAAUAGCGUUAAGUCAUCUGUCACGUUGCCAUAUUUCACGGGGAUUCAUCCAACCAGUAGAAUUGAAUCUCCGAGGUACCUGACAACAGGAACAACUCAGAUGCAAGGAAAAUCCGUCAGAUUUGAAGAUACAGACGAAGAAGAACGAAACAGCGAAAUUUUGUUCGAAAAGAUUAACUAUGCAAGACUUCAGCAAAAAGUGAAAACAUUUGUAAACGAACAAGACAAUUUCAACAAACGUCCCACAGGAUAUACUUUAAAUUUUCGAGCUAAGCAGCGAUUUGCGUACAAUCCUUUCAAUAAGAACAAUGGGAAAAAGCAACAACCGCUUGUAGCAAAAAAGAGCACAAAACUUUCCCUUGACAAGAGUGAGCUGGAGCGGGCUUUUGAUAAAUUUUGUCAAAAUAAAACAAAAGAUAAUUUACAUUCUAUGAUGAAGAUGGCGACUAAGCAGAAAGCAAGCAUACGAAUUGCCCGAGAUCAGUCGAUCGUUCCCGCCAUUGCAGUCAAGAGAAGCGCAAAUAAAUUCCUCUCAAAUCUCGGCAAAAACAAAGCUUCCGAACAAAAAGAUGGGGGUGGAGUUGGUUGAAGGCCGCGUCAUUUAUUUAUCAUGUGUAUUAAUAUAACAAAGAAUUUUGAUAAGAAUUCCUAUACCUGUGCCUAAGGGCCAAAUACUGGAGGAAUGUGAAAGCAAGAUAGAGAUUCGGAAUAUAUGAUUAUCAAAG